GCCAAAUAUAUACAUAUUUGGUCAGAAUCUUGUGUAAGAUGAGAAUGAAUGCGAACAUUUCGUAAGGAAUAGAGACAUUGAGUAUUUAAUGGCUUUUUGAACUUGAUAACUUGUAUGCUGCAAUUGUUUAUUCGGACUCCUAUUUCUUGUUGGCUGUCAAGUCUGGUAGUUUGACUGACGUGAUGGAACGAUCUAGGCUAUAUAAAAACAAAGACAAGGACUCUGAGGAACUUCGGAGGCGUCGUACUGAUCAGUCUGUUGAACUUCGCAAAGCUAAGAAGGAUGAACAGCUUCAGAAGCGAAGAAACAUACUGUUGACUGAACUAGAUGAAACCUCACCCUUAAAAGAAAAGCAAAUUGAUACUCCUGAACACGUUAACUACGAUGCAGUUAUCCGUGAUAUGCAAUCAAGUGAUCGAGUCGCUCGAUUCAAAGCAGUUCAGCUCUGUAGAAAAACCCUAUCACGCGCAAAGAACCCUCCAAUAGACGAGUUUUAUAAAAGGGGUGCUGUCGACAUCCUUGGUUCAUCCCUCAGUUCCACUCAGUAAGUUAAAUUAAUGUCCCUUCAAAUAGCAGCGAUGAUCUUGUUUUCGAGGCUGCAUGGGCACUCACAAACAUUGCCUCCGGUGAUAGCUCUCAUACAGCAGCCGUAGUCUCCUCUGGUACUGUCCCAAAACUAGUACGGCUGUUAAGUCAUUCUGCUAUCAAUAUAGCUGAGCAAAGUGUAUGGGCUCUAAGUAAUAUUGCCGGAGAUGGAUCCAAAUUCCGAGAUAUAGUUAUCGAGAGCGGAGUUGUUGAACCAGUGUUAAAACUUCUAGAUCGAGUUUGGAAGCAGCCCACCGUGGUAUCAAAUAUUGCCUGGAUGUUGUCUAAUCUCUGUCGAAACCGAGAUCCUCCUCCGCCACGUGCCGUCAUUAAAAAGCUUCUGCCUUAUCUCAAUCGACUUCUUCAGUAUGAGGGUAAUAAGAAUGUGGUUGUGGAUACUGCAUGGGCUCUUUCAUACGCAAGUGAUGCCGUAAAUGAAUUUAUCGAUGAUAUAAUAGAAAGUGGAUGUGUCCCGUUACUUCUGCGACUGUUGGCAUCAUCAUCGGCGAAUCUCAUUUCUCCCUCUCUCAGAGCCAUUGGUAAUCUUGUUAUCGGUACUGAUGAACAAACACAAGCUAUUCUGGAUGCUGGUUUACUAACUUACAUCCCUGCAUUGCUAAACAAUGAAAAGUCUACUGUCGUCAAAGAAGCCUGUUGGGUAGUGAGUAACAUUACCGCCGGAAGUGUAGAUCAAAUUGACAUGGUUAUAAGUCACAACAUCAUGCCAUGCAUUUUGGAGAUCUUUUACAAGGGUGAAUUCAGAACUCAAAAAGAAGCGUGCUGGGUUAUCAGUAAUUUUAUUAGCGGUGGAACCCCGGCACAAUGUGCAUAUUUGUUGAACCAAAAUGUGUUGAGAGCACUUUGCAAUAUACUUACAGUCUCAGAGUCGAAGGUUGUACUUAUGGUUUUAGAGGGAAUAAAAAAACUCCUAGAGAUUUCUGACCAGUAUGGGCAAUUAGAACCAGCUUGUAUCGAGUUAGAGACAUGUGGGGGCUUGGAUAAGUUGGAAGAAUUGCAAGACCACACUAACGUUCAAGUCUAUCAAGUUGCUUACGAUUUAAUUGAAAAGUACUUCAAUGAUGCGGUAGGUUGGUGCUUUCCUUGUUACACAUUUAAUGUUUUUGAAACGUUCGUGUCCAUUUAUUCAGUCAUCAGGUAUCGCAAACUAGCAGUCCUUUUCUGUUUGUAGUUAAGACCGAUUUUUCUGCAGUCGACUUUAUAGUAUAUUUGAGUUUCAGGUUUCUACAAGCCUCUUUUGGUAAAGCCAAGUGCAUGUUUUUUAAUAUUCAUAUCAAUAUAAAUAGCGUAACUUUCUGAGUGGAUUGUAGCAUUCAAGUAUACAGUGAAAUCCAAUAAUCUGUAAAUUCUAAUUGUCUGAAUGCCUAGAGGAACUGCGGUUGUGGCAGAAGGAACAGUAAGCUGUGAACCUUUAGUCAGUUAUACAUGGGAACCAAACGCUGUGUGCGUGUAACUGAUCUCAAAGAGUGGUCGGAAUUUUUUAUCAGUGAUAUUUGAUCAUUAAAGUGAUUCUUCGAAGUGUAAUCACUACCUUCAUGUUGCUUCAAGGUUCACUAAUCUCAACAUACGAUCAUUCUUAAAAUAUAAGUAACAAGAAAUAUUAAGAUGUGUGUUGGAUAAAAGUGAUUAUAUAAAAGUGUUUGUUUGCCAUCUACUUCGUUUAUAGCAUCAUGGGAGUGUGCUUGCUAUUGUUUCAGACCAUCGCUUACUAUAAUUCCGUGAAACACUAUCAACUUAGUAUAUCAAAACUGUCUGCAUUUGGAACAGUUGUUUCAUCUUCAACGCUCAUUUUAUUUUCAUAGCGGGAUUGCUUGUUCACUCGGCGCAGUUUAAAAACUGCGAAUUAUUAUCGAUAAUAUAUUUUGACAGCUUUACUCUUCUUUUCAGGAUGAUGAAAACGAAAGCAAAGUCGUGGCUGCUGAUGGCACAGAGAAUAGUGAGACUUUUCCUCCAAGUUCAGAACAAGAGUUCCAGUUUAUUGCUCCCGAUGGAGCUUCAGGACAAGAUGGUGACUUUCAUUUCUAAGUUAGAAGUUACUUCGACGCUAACUUCGCGUCAAAAUUAUCCGAGUUUCUAAAUAGAUUAUUGGUAUAUGAACGAUGGUAUUUUUGGCCACUUUUAUAACCUUAACUUCCCCACAUCGUGGUAAUCAACAAUAGUCAUGUUCCUUCUCCAUGUUUUUCUCGAUAAAUUGGGACUUCUACUCAGCAAUCAGGUGGCUGAAAUCUAAUGUGAAAGUGCCGGAUUUCUGUAAGUUGUUUGCUUUGAAAAAUGAAAGAUGUGUGGGUAUUUCAAAACAAUCCUUUCACUCCUGAAAGCUGGUUUGAUGUAUUGAAGGUAGCACCAUUAACGUCGAUUGACUUAGAAUCUUGUUGUUUGUGAAGCGCUUUGAGUGACAUUUAGAGUUGAACGUAUAAAAAAUAACACAAUAAAGGAUUAUUCGUGUGCGAUUUUCCUGAAAUUCGGAUUGGUCUUUGUUUAAAGAUCACUGUCCGUACUAGUAGGCUGGAUUUUCUAGUCACCUCGUAAAUCACACGAUUGUCAAUCCAAAUGUAGAAAAUUAGGAAGGUUAUUAUUAUGCUUAUCAAAAUUGUGUCAUACGAUUGUUGAGAAGCACGAAAAUCGACUUAGUACCAAAGACUCCUGAGUUCUAGUACACAUGUUUGUUCAAAAUCGCAGUAUUUUAGCGAAGUUAGUUUUAGAAACAUUCCGAAGUAACACUUCACUCGCAUAACUAAGCCGUUAAACGGAAUUCCGUUAGUUCAAAUUGUUGCGAAUUCACAUUCAUUAUUUACUGGUUGUGAUUUUGGCUCGAAUGUUGGAGUCAAAGUGGAGUGUACACUCUGUUUGGAUUCCGUCCAUAUCAAGAAUGUUGAUAUUCGUAAUGUCCAGUUGUGUUUAGGAGGGAAUUUAGUAGCUCUGAUCGUAAUGGUCUUGCCUUAUUUAGACCUCCAAAGUGAGAAUAAACAGUGCGAAAGACGCUGACUUUUCCACUUCACAUUUAAACAAGUCGAAACUAGACCACUGUAAAAUUAGGAAUUUUGUUAUUUCACCUCUUAAACUUCGUUAUAACUAACAUUGUUGUUAAUUAGACUUGUCUGUUCCUUAAUCUCUGAUUGGUCAUCCAGGCGAUUCGCCUUAUUGGCGCGAUGUUUAGUAUAAAUGUCCUAUAAGUAGCUCUUAAAGAUUAGUGUGAAAAAAUUGUAUUAAGAUUUCGUAUGCACCAGGAUUAUUUUUACAAAUCACAGAUCAAACCGCUAACGACCACUUUAUCUAUGAAUCAGCCUUUAAAUAAAAGAAAUAGCUUACAAGCUUGUUACAAAUCUGAUGGGAAAUCUGAAGGUCGAUUCGAAGAAAUAGAAAGAAAGUUAGUAUUGUAUUGCCAGUAUUACCGUGUUGUUAGAAUAAGUUUUACUUGUCUAUGAACUUUAGAUAUUUAUGCUAUGCCUUGAAAUUUUUUUAGAGAUAAGCGGUGAUGCAGACUACGAACUGUGUAUGUAAAUAUUUCAGAUGUACACGAAACGGUGGUCGAGAGUAUAAUAAGCUAUUUGUAAAUCAUGUUCACAAACCCAUAUUAUAAUUACGGAAUCAGUAGACAGUUCCAGAUGUUUUCACUAAUAAGUAUAAUCUAUUAGCAUCUAGAACUUUGAAAGAGAACAGUUUCUUUGCUUAUAUUUCACCCGUGUUUGUUCCUGAGGAAAAGCUUUUAGUCGAAGUUUUAUGGAGACCUGUGUGCUUAAUUGCAAAUUUUGAAGAGUGCUGGUUAAUAUAUGUCGGGGUCUGAGUUUUCUCGUUGAUAUAUACGACUGUAUUCCAGGCUAAAUACCAUGAUACGGCAUUGAGUUUUUCAGAUUUAUUUUGUUUGGUUUAUUGAUAUUAACAGAAUGUUAAUUUCGAGGAAAGGUAGCAGCUACAUCUGAUUUUAUUAAAGCAUCAUUUUAAACUAAUUAUUGUCUCAAAAAUCUCUAUGUAUUCAAGUAUUUUUAACAUGGAUUGGUUUGAAAAGCUGUUAGGACUGAUAAUAUUAAAUUUUACCAUAUAAUGUUCAGAACAUCAGUUCUUAAUUACAGGGUAUUCCUUUUAACAGGUAUGGAGGAUCGAUAAAAAUCAUACAAUUGUGGUACAUAAGUUAGUUACUCUGGGAGAUUAUCUUGGUGAUGUUCUGCAUUAUCUGUGCCAGGUUGCAACCACCUGUAAUUGUUAUACUGUAAAUAUGUUUAAGAAGUGUGUAGUUGGAUGUGCAAUCAAUCGAAAUGUUUUUCGUUAUUCACGUAUGACCAAGAAGUCUAUAUAAAUAUUGUUGUACAUUACAGUAAAAUAAGAUAUUGGUUCAGCGGAAACUUCCUCUUUAGGCAAAUUCUUUACAAAGCUGUACAAUCGCAAAUAUAUACUUAUUUUUCAAAUCGGUGAACAUUGUCUGGUAACGAUAAUAUUUACAAUAUUUAUGGAACUGCCAUAAGUGUUAACAGGUAAAAUAGAAAUAAAUAUUAUAGGGAAACUAUUGAUGUAGUUGCUGCAACCUUGAGUACUCAUCAAGAAGAUAGAUAACGAUCAACAAAUGUGAAAGGUUGUGUCACGUGAUUAGGUGGAAUGUAGUGGAUAUGAACCAUGAUCAAAAGGAGUAUGAAAACAGAUCAGUCGGUUGGCGAUAAAAAGUCAUGAGACACGUAGAAGGGAGUGUGAUGGAUUUUAAAUAAAGUAAGACAUUAAGACUAUGAGACAAUAUGCUAGAUAGGUCCCUUUAUUGUACAUAGUUCAGCUUCUUCCAGCAGUAUUGCAUAUCUUCCGGUAAUGCUAAGAAGAUGAUGGUUUACUGUCUUCGACAGUUCUCUGCUUGGCUUAUUAGUGACUUCGGUCGCUGUCUUUAAUUCAUAUGACAUAUGUCCUUUAGGUGUUCGCCUGUUGAGCUUUUAUCAAACCGUCUCCAUCUUUUCAGUCGAGGUUGGUGAUGUUCUUAAAUACACUUAACAGAAGGCAUCUGCUAAUAACAUAUAUCUGGGCUAAUAAAUUUAGUUUUUGAUCUAUUCGACCUGUUUUCAUGUUUAACAUAUCUAUUGAUGUUAUCAUCAACAGAAUAUUGAUUAUAAAAAAUUGAAAAAUAAGUGUAUACUUGUGAUUGCACAACUUUGUCAAUGAUCUCACCAAAACGAGAACUAAUAGCCGAACCUAUCUUUUGUUUCAAUGAGCAUAUUCCGUUUACUUGGAAGUAAUAUGGUAAACCCUUAAGAUUGUUUAGUUGGAAACAGUGUCGAGUCACCUAGACUGGUGGCCACAUUGCAACAUGAUCGAUAGCAUUCGAUCUGCACUAAUAAGGACUAGACAAGCAUGACAUUGAUCACCACCCAGUGAUCAAUCAAUUGUGAGUUGGAAACAGUUAGAGGACUAUUUGUAUAGAUUCGGGUUCAAAACACACACUGUUGAAUUGUUAUCUGUAUUAUUGUGAACAUAGUCAAGAUAUCUUUGCGUUGAAUCACUCAAGUGGGGUUUUAGUUUACUGAGAAUUAUUUCGUCAGUGAUCCAAUCUCUAAGGAUAUAAAGAUUAAUCACAAAACCCCUUUCUUUGCCGGUAUUAACUAGUUUCUGUUAUCUGAAUUGUCUACUUUUAGAACUGCGAACCCUCCAAUUUCUCUAUGUUAGUAUUAAUUUACUAGGAUUCCUUUCAUACUCGUCCUUAUGACGAGUAUUUUGGUUUUUUGAUAAGAGAAUGCAUGAUAUUAUGAGGAAAGACCUAUAAUUACGUAAUCCGUGUCGCCCAUCAUCGACAGUCUAUUAUGUCAAGUGAGUAUGCAAAAUAAAAGCCCGUAUAUAUCUAUCGAUAAUUUUGCAGAAGGAAGGUUGGUUUCUCGAGAUGCGUUGUACCUAAUAAAAAAGGUGAUUGGUGUCCAAGUAAUCUGAACUUUCGUGUUCGUAUAGAUCCUAGCCAUAAAUAUUUGAUUUGAAGAUAGCAAAGUCAUUAAAUUUCAAAAGUAUGGUGUGAAUCAUACCGCGACCCAAAUACUCAUUCCUUACGAACUAAAGCAAUUUACCUAGCCGCUAUGUUGACACAACAACGGCAUCGCUGUUAGUAUUACACUAGCUAUAUGUUUCUGUUCACUGGUGAAUUUAGCGAUUGUCAGUGAAUAUUAUAUGUCUCCCUAAGCCCACAGAACUGAUCUCAAGUGUCGGAAAACGUCUUUUUAGGUAAUGAAAAUAACGAAGCCUAUCAGUCAUGUCAUGAAUAAUCAUGAUUUUUGACCUAUGAAAUGUGGUCGGACUCUUCUCUGUGUCAGCAUAUUUGGGUUACUAUUGGAUGUAAUUAGUAAUCCGUACAAUUCUAACCACAUAUUCGGUAUUUUAAGACUUACAAACGUGAAAGGUAAUUGAGUUCGUCGGUGAUAUAAACAUGGAAGUUCAAAUAUCUGAUAACAGUACUGGUAGUAUCAAUACAACCAUCAAGUCAUAUGCAGCCUAAUGACACUAAUCUUCGAAGGGAAUGUUAAGAAUUUUUCAGAGCCUUUUCCUAAUGUGAUUUACCAUAUGGCAAGAAGGAUAACAAGAGCGUCGAUUAAAGUUUGAAGUUAUGCCGUAAAUACUGACUUCAGGUCACAAUUUAUGAAGUUAGUUGUUUGUGUUAAAUAGGUUUGUGAUAAAUACUAUUAACUUUCACAGCUUCGUCUACAAAUGGACGCAUAAAAAUCUGCACUACUAGUACCCUCACCAAAUAAGUUUCACCAUUUGGUGACUAUUUAUGAAAUGAUUACCUACAUGAUGAUUAGUGACAUUCACUCAGUGAAUAACCUGGAUUAAAUAACAGAUUUCUAGUACAAACUGGUCUAUACUUCAUAGCAUCAGUCGGAAUGUUUUCUAGAUUUCACUGAGGAUUUUAUGAAUACUGGGUAACACUUCUCAGAAAACUGACGUAACGACAGGGAAUCAAGUAAACAGAUUACUAUAUACAGUUUCUAACAUUGGACCUAAUGAGAGUAUUCCUAAACUGUUUUUUCAUGUCUUGAAUUCUCAUAGGGAAGGUGAACUGUUGUGUUUUGCAUUGUAAAGUCCAUUGUUAGUCAGGCCAGUUAAAUGAUGAGACUAGAUUCUAUUUGCAUCUAUUUACUGGACUUCUAAGAACUAAUAGUCUAAGUUCUUGUUCUUAUUAAAAUGUUUGUUAUCUCAACAUCCACUUUUUUAAUUAAGUUCAUUAGAUGUAAGUUGGAUUUCCAUAAUAUUGGUAGGUUGCUAGUGGAACAUUUCCAUUAGGACUAUUUAUUAACGUGCUAUUGUGUUCAUCAAGUAAAUUGACACCAAUCUUGAAUCCUAUAUGGUCGUUAUAGUGUUUGGUGUUUAAUUCUUUAAAAAUACGUCACCUGUUGGUUCAUAGUUACAUCUAUUUUUUAUGAUAUUAACUUAUGCGAUACUGGUGUGGAAACUGAAUCCCCAAAUACUAUAUAUUCGAAAAAAGCAAUCUUGAAGGUGACAUUUUGAUUUAGUGAUAUCCGUUCAUUUGUAUUUGAUUGACGUUAAUCGAUUUGUUGUGGUUUCUGUUCAUUUAAUUUUCACUGUACACAUUGUAUAAAUUAAUUCAUCGUUAUUUUGUUCAAGAGACAUUCAGUUUUACAAAAUCUUUAACUAAUAAUCACUGGAUGUAAUCACCGUGUAAGUGAAUUGACUCGAUUGCAAAUUUACAUUUGAUCUCUUCUAAAUAAAUAUUCCUUACAGGAUUUAUAUUGGAAUAGGUGAGACUCAGGGAUAACUCGGCUUUAGUAUCAUGCUAUUAAAGUGUAGCUUAAAGUUAUCACUGUUACCGUAUCACGUGUGAACGAAGCGUUAGAGAAAAAGGUUACAACUAAAGUGGCUGUACUAUCAGGGCAACUGUUCAUGAACUCCAUGAUGCGUGGCGGUUCGUCCUGUUUUGCCUUACGACUGCGAAACGUGACCAUUAAGGGUAGAAGAUAGUCGUAAGUUACUAGUAUUUGAUCACAAAUGUCUUAAAAUAUUGGCAGCCUGUUUUAGGAUCACUGGGUAAGUAAUAGUGAAGUUGGAUGCAAGGUAUCAGGAAAUGGUAGUAAACCAGUUGAUAAGGUUGUCAAUUUCCAUCGACUGAAAUGGUUGGGCCACGUCUCACGUAUGCCUGAACACCGAUUACCACGACACGCAGUGCUGACUAGUAUUGGAGGAGAGUUACUGGCAAUGAAACCAAAAUGUGGCAUCAAUGCUUGAAGUCACUAACUUUGUUCUGAACCAUGUUGUUAGAUGCAGACUAAUUGGUUGAGAUCCGUGAGACUAUCGUAACCAAUGGUUGGAGACUCUGGGUGACAUGGCUCAGGAUCGAUCACAAUGAAGUAGGUGUAUACACACUUUGUCUUUCCUUAAACCAUGAGAUUAAAAUUACUUUAUACAUUUCUGUCUACGAACUAGUCCUUUCUCCAUGUAUUAUAUCCUUAUAUGUGAUCUUUCUUUUAUAUAUUACUACUGUUGUAGUAACUGGUUCUAUGAAUUUGGUGUUCAUCUUGUUGUGCUUAUGAGGUUUGGCAACUUGGAUCGAUGCAUAUAUGUGCCUGGUCCUACGUUGUAGUUGACUGAUACGAAUGGUGCGAGUUCUUGAAUAGAUUUGUGAUGGGAAUGUAACUUUCCACACAUAGUUUCAGAGAUAUGACGUGUUUCGCUGCUCACGACUAUGCUACGAAAGUCGUCAAUCACUCUGGAAACGUGUUUAAACAAAAUUGGACCAUAUUCCAACCUCAGCCGACAUUGUAAACCGCUUGAUAAAACAUAUGGUGAGGCAUGUCAGUCUUUCGACCAAUAGUUUCGUGUUAAUUCAAUACUGUUGAAUAUUCAACCCUGCUGCAUUAAGUUAAUAAUUAGUAAGACAUAACUUAUCUGCUCAUGUUGGCUUUACAAAUAGAGAAUGUUAGUGAAUUGGUUUCGAAUGUCUUGUGGAUAUACGCUAAUCACUUAUGCUGAUUUUCAGUCUGUAGUCAUCCAGAUUUUCGAAAAUUAGAAUUCAGCCCCUUAGUCGUACAGACAAAGACUCGCAGUGAACGUCGAGUGAUACUGCAAACAAGAGUGAACGACUAAAAUCUUAGUACUUCACGUCACAUUUGUUCAUUCUAUUGGUCGAAAUGAUUCAAAAGUACCUGAUGUUCAUUGGGAAGCAAACCCAGUUCCUGAAUUUGAGUAACUUUAUAAUUGGGAUAUUACUACAGGGUUCCAAAUAUUGUGCGAUCUAUCUCACUAACAUGUGUGUUCAUUCAUUUUACAAAGCAUAGUUUUUUAUUUAUUGACGUUAAUUUAGUUUGUUUAUUUAAUUCGAAGUAAUAAAUUAAAUUCCCUAUUUUUAUCAUCAGAUUAAGUUGUUACGCUUUCAAGCAAAAAGUAAAAUUAAUUCAGAGCAAUUACAAUUUUGAAGAACAACUGCCUAUUACUGUUAUUUGAUGUGCACAUGUACUCUAUAAAUUAAUAAAGUUUUCACUCUGGAAACUGAAUUUUUUUAUUAUCAAAUUCAUGGAGUAGAUAGGAGUCAUUUCAUUGGUUAACCUAUCACAACAGUCUACAAUGAAAUGCUAUCAGUGCACUACACAAAAUCGUCGAAAACAUAUUGAAAUGCACUUUCUAUGGGAGGAAAUUUUAAAAUUAAAUCUUCGAUAAUCAUUUACGUCGAUGAAAUAUUACUUAUUGUAAUAUAAAGUGGUUUAAACCAGUGACUUCACGAGUUAGGUGCUCGUUAUUGCUGAAACCGAAGCAACACGACUUUGGUUAUUACUUUCCAACUACUGGCUUUAAGAAACAAUUUUGUAAAGUUGUUUUUACUCAGUAUCUUAUCUUUUACCUUUUUAUAUUCACUAACCGUUUUACUAUUUUCUCACCCCUUUAGCUAUUUGAAAUUUUCAAAUUGAGUAAAAGUACAAUUAUCUAUUGUCUAACCUGCUUUAAAAAAAUGAAUUAUUUGUUUUAGAAAUGGUUUCGUGAUAGAUAAUUUAUAGUUAAGUCAUGUGAAUCACUUACAAUUUCGUGAUAUUUGAAUAUUUUGUUGAAACAAUGGACAUUUAAUUGCAAUUAUUGUUUGGUUUCCAUUUCGACUAAUUAGACUGUUGUUUAAAACAAUAGCUAUUUUGCCAACUCAGUCACUUGAAUUUUUCGCUUACUUGGUUGCUAAAGCUAUCACUAUGAGAACAAAACACGACAACAAAUAAAUAAGAUUUUAGACAACUAACUACAUUAAAUUAAGUAAACCAAGCUGGCUUCUGUAUAAAUUUUUUGAAUCAUAAACCUUGGUAUUCAAACAGGAUCACUAAAUAUAUUCCAUGUUUUCUUCAAAGUUGCUUGUAUAGUAUUUCAUUUGUAAGGGUUUGAAUCUUCUUGUUUUCUCCGUUAAGGGCUAAAAUUGAUCAGCAUCUUUUGUUACGCGUGGAUCCUAGGUGGAUUGCAUCAAUAUUGUCAAGUCAUAAGGAUUUUAAAUAUAAAAUUAGAUUUUGUAGGUGUCAUUACCAAGGUUUGAUUUGAUAAUUUCGAAUAAAUUGAG